ACUUUUGAUUGCCCACUCUCACUUCGAACCGGUGUCAACAAACAACAACAACAUCCCCGAAAUAGAAACGACGCCCUGGUUGCCGUGCUCUUUAAAAACAAAACCCGUUGAGCUGAAAAACACAAGCCCUUGUCAAGUCCCUUAAAACCAAAUUUCAUCUUUUUGACGUCAGUUUUUGACUCCUCCGGGGGCUGCUGCUGUCCCGGGAUACUCCGGUGCUUUGCUGUAGCCCGUUGCUCAGCUAAGCCCUACCGAGGCUAACCGGUGCUAACUUCUCACAAGGACGGAGAUUUUUCCAUUUACCGACCGACUCCUGCUGCUGUUCGCCACAGGAGAGAACCCUCCCCGGGAAAAGAGGAGGUCGGUGCAGACGGUGGGGGUGGUGGAGGUAUGACUGCGUUGGCGGGGUCAGUACCCAGGAUGAUGCGACCCACGCUGGCUCAGAACUACCCCCGCAGCGGCUUCCCACUGGAAGUGUCUACCCCGCUGGGUCAAGGCCGAGUCAACCAGCUCGGAGGGGUUUUCAUCAACGGCAGACCUCUGCCCAACCACAUCCGACACAAGAUCGUGGAGAUGGCCCACCACGGGAUCAGGCCGUGCGUCAUCUCCCGACAGCUCCGGGUCUCCCACGGCUGCGUGUCCAAAAUCCUGUGCAGGUACCAGGAGACGGGCUCUAUCAGACCCGGAGCCAUCGGAGGCAGCAAACCCAAGCAGGGAACAACGCCGGACGUCGAGAGGAGAAUAGAGGAAUACAAGCGGGAAAACCCGGGUAUGUUUAGCUGGGAGAUUCGGGAUAAAUUACUGAAGGAUGGGAUAUGUGACCGCAACAACGUCCCUUCAGUGAGCUCCAUCAGUCGCAUCAUGAGGACUAAGUUUGGGGGGAAAGGCGAGGAAGAAGAAGAGGAAGACGAGUUGGAGAAGAAGGAGCUGGAGGACAGUGAACGGAGAGCCAAACACAGCAUUGAAGGCAUCUUGGGAGACAGAUCGAGUCACUCAGACGAAGGCUCGGACGUGGAGUCAGAACCAGAUUUGCCACUGAAGAGGAAACAGCGGCGCAGUCGAACCACCUUCACAGCCGAGCAGCUGGAGGAGCUGGAGAGGGCCUUUGAGAGAACCCACUACCCAGACAUCUACACCAGGGAGGAGCUGGCUCAGAGGGCCAAGCUCACUGAAGCCAGGGUACAGGUAUGGUUCAGCAACAGGCGAGCGCGGUGGAGGAAGCAAGCUGGAGCCAAUCAGCUGAUGGCAUUCAACCACCUGAUCCCAGGUGGAUUCCCCCCCACAGCCAUGUCCAGCAUCCCGCCGUACCAGCUCUCUGACAGCACGUACUCGCCGUCAUCUAUAGCACAGGUGUCUGAGCCUCCCAGCACGGUGCACCGUCCCCAGCCCCUGCCUCCUUCCUCUGGCCAUCAGGCCUCCGCUGGUGGAGGGCAGGCAGAUGCUAGCUCUGCCUACUGCCUCGCCUCCGGACGCCACUCCUUCUCAGGCUACUCGGACAACUUCGUGAGCCCAGGAGGGCCGACGAAUCACAUGAACUCCGCAAUAGGAAACGGCCUCUCUCCACAGGUGAUGGGUCUGCUGAACCCAGGCGGCGUGCCACACCAGCCCCAAAGCGACUACGCCAUCUCCCCCCUGACAGGCGGCCUGGAGCCCCCCAGUGGCAUGGCCGCCAGCUGCAGCCAACGCAUGGACCACAUCAAGGGUCUUGAGGGUCUCUCCAGUGUUCCCUCCAUGUCAGCACUGCCCCAGUUCCAGUCCACACCGUCCUACAGUUCACCAGGCUACACUGUGGACCACGUCGCGUCCUACCAGUACAGCCAGUACGGGCAAAAUGCCCUUCCUUAUUUGAGGCCUGAGAUCACCUGAUCAGCCGCUUCACAGAGGGACAGGUCCGCGGGUGUCUGUGUACAGCGACUGAAAAGCCUUAACAUUUGGACCAAAAACUGCUUUCGUUUAUUAGGACACAUUCCCUGCUGCAGGAUCUUCUCUGUGGAGCGACAGACUAUUUUAUAAACGUAAAAGAAGGGAUCUUAAGAUAGAAUAUUAGAGCAAAGACUGCACACUGAUAGUAGACAUUCCUGCAUCUACCGCAGAGAGGCACUUUCCACUGACAUUAGCAAAGAUCACAAAGUGUCUCUGCUUGUGGCAUCUUUGGAAAGACCCCAAACCCGACUCUGUACGGCAGCCUACCUUAAUGGGAACUGUUUACAUAGCUGAACGUUGCAUCAUCACUUGUAAAAUUCCACAUAUCAUCUUCAAAUCAGUCAAUCCCAGUCGUAGCAGGAAAAGAAAGGGGCUCAGUUGAUUUUUGUUACAUUCACUCAUUUGAGAUGUCCACACCCCACACAUGGAGAGAAAUUCCUGAGAGAACAAAAACAAACACAAGCUAAUGAAUCUGGGGCUUUUUUUUUUUUCUCUACAGUAUCAGACGCCCUAAUGUACACUCCAGCUGUACAACAGGCAGAGUUCGGUCAAGCGUCCCCCCUGCAUCCCCAAAUCCCCCGUCUCUCCCUGUCUCUGCUUCCAUCCGUCCCUCUGUCUUGCUGGUGUUUUUGGACGCCAAGGCGAAAAUCCCAGUCUUUUGUAGUUUUUCAGAUCAGCUCGGAGGAGGUCAAAGGGUGACUUAGACGAGAGUGACAGAUGAGAGAGCUGGCAGUGGAGGGCAGCAAAAGAAGUAGCUUUAAAGAAUAGUGGGGAGGGGUGGAGAGGACAAGCAAGAUCGAUCACAGCGUAAAAGAAAACCUUUAAAGGUCCCGAAGUGCUCAGAGAAAGCCAAUGGGUCACAAGUCACGACUGAGGGACAUUUGAGAAACAGAAAGAGUUAAAGACUGAAGGCAGCAGUUUGCCCAGCUGACCAAAAGUGCAAUAUCACAUAUCUUAGAGACCACCCUCCCAUUAAAAGUUGUUUGAAGACAAAUACAUGCAUAAGAUACAUGUCUGGAAGUCUUAAGAAACACUUUGGAUUCAUACCUUGGAUCAAAUUUUGAACACGUGUGCCUUAAAAGCUUUUGGGUCCAAAACAAAUAGGCAACACUUCUAACACUGAAGAGCAACGUUUCAAAAAGGACUAAGGGAUAACAUGGAAGAAACACAAAGCCAAAAUUCUUCAGUUUAUUGCUUUGUGUUGCUUCUGAUCUAUUUGUUUUCUUGCAGUUUGCAAAGGAAAUAAAUGCAGAUUUGAUUUGAUGCAUAAAGUCCUAGUCUUAAAGCUGCAGCAUAUAACUUUUAUAAAAAGGUAUUCUUUAUGCAUUUGUUAAAACUGUCAUUUUGUCAUGACUAUGAGACAGAUGAUCUGUGGAUAAAAAUGAAGCUCCUCUGCCUCCUCCCUGUGGUUCAACUGCCAUCUGCAGAAAUACACAUCUUGGUCAGAAACAACCAGUUAGAGCCAGGAGGAAAAUCUUACCGAUGUCAAGCUCGCUAGUGUAUGCGGCUGCGCUACUGGCGGAAAAACAAUCUAACAUUACAGAAAUAUUGUUUAUUCGCUGUCAUUGGAGGGCCCCCUGUGGAGAAAGAGCUGUGGCCUAGCAGAGAGCAAGAUGGAAGAGCAUGAUUGACAGCUCUAAGACCCUUCACCUGGCUCUGAUUAGUUGUUUCUGACCAAGCAGUGUAUUUCUGCAGAUGGCAGUAGUGCCACACAGCGAGGAUGCAGAUUAGAUCAGUAUUUUUCUAAGAUUGCCUUAACUCACAUUUUACUGUCGAUACAUGGUGACAGUUUUAACAACAUAAGUAUAAAUAAAUAUAUUUUUAGUAAAGUUGCCUACUGUAGCUUCACAAAUGCACUUGUUGUGGAUAUGAAUGUCAGAUUCAUUUUGGGAAACUGAACUGUUCACAAGAACUGGGUGCACUACUUUGAAUUUAUUUUCUUCAAUCCAAACUGGGUCAAAAAUAUACAUGAAGGCCCCAGUUGUAUGUCCAACCUAACAUUUGGUCAUAGUCCCAUAACAGGUUGCAGAGAAACCAGAGAAAUAUCUUCUACUUCCAGCUACAACACAGACUGGGAACUUGACCACUCUUCUAAUGGUAAUGGUCAUUUAAGUUGGCGCAGACUCGGCUUUUCAUCGUAGUUCAUACUUUCUCUGGACUUAAGGCAGCACCAUCACACAAGCCUAGUAUUUGCUGCCUUUAUUCAGAAGCCAAUGGGAUGUUUGUUUAAUUUCAUUGCCCUGUUGUGUCAAACUUUCAUUGAGUGUUUGAAUUGAAGGAAAUUUUUAGACUCCAGGAAUAACCGUGCAUAUUCAUUACUCCACCCAGUUUGUGGUAUCCACUGCUACCACUGGAAUAAUAACAGUACCUCAUAAUGAUGACAUCACCAUGCUUUGAUACCAAAUAGUUACCAAACAAGUGAAACUUGGACACAAACAACAGGACAAUGAUACCUUUGUUUUUAAAGGGGGGUCUCUUAUGUAAUAUCAGCAUACCUCCCCAAAAUUGCUUUGAUUCUGUCAUGCAUUUUUAACAAAUCCUUGAAUCUCCUAUGGCAGCCAUUUGGGAAAGUCUAAACAACUCUAAAAAAAAAUUUCUAAUACUCCUUCAGACUAGCGGCAGCAACAAUUAGCAAACACCUGGUGUAACAGCACGUCUGCUGAGCUAAGACUGGUUGUUAACAUCAUGGAGAAGUAUUGCAGUGAUGUCAUACUGAAAGCAGUGUCGGAAAGAGUUGGAGCUUCUUGAAGAGACGGAGACCCAUUUUAAGGUGUCAGAAUCAGUUAUAACACAAAGUCAAAUUUCUAUACUCCAUUUUCAUAAGAGCUGAAGGUAGCGUAGUGACUUGAUUGUGCUAUGAAAUUAAGCAGAAUUAGAAGAGUGGCCAAAUAUUCAGCCUCAUGUAAGCGGGGAGUUUUUUGGUGGGUAUAAAAAGUGUUUGGUUUCUCUGCAUCCCAUUAAGAGAAAUAUUUCUUUCCUGAAAAAAACAAAAAAAAAAAAAAAAAAAGAUUAAACUGGAUCACGAAAAAAACCCCAAACUAAAAUGAUAUUCAUCUCCUGAUAAGUUGAUGCACAUUUUUAAGCAGAGCUGUACAUAUCUAUUGUUAUUAUGUGGUGUGUGACAGCAGUGUUAUAGAAAACUAUUCACCGCGGUCCAACAAACUGGCGGCUUCAAAAGUACUUCAACCAUAAAACUUCCAGAAGCGCUUUUGUUUUUGUCCUUCAGUCUGCACAGACUGAUGCAGCCUUUUCAUUCCCAUGAUAUAUAUUUUUUGUAUUACUUGACAAAGCGAUGUGACGUCAUGUCAUGUGUACAAAAGCAUUAUAAUUUCUAUUUAUAAUAAAAGAAAACCCCUGAAAAUA